AUGACAGACCAAGGAAUGGAGAACCAUGACAAGGGUGGAGGUGAAGGAGGAGGAGAAGGAGACAAGAAACAUCUCCCAGAGGAGGUGAGCGAGAGCGACAAGGAGACCAAGGACCAGCGCAACAAGGCGGAGAAGGGAGAGAAGGAGACAGAGAACAACGGCAGUGAAAAGGAGAGGGUUGAGGGGAAAAGGGAAAGCUGCCGUCGCUCAGGCUCCCUGUGGAGGGGGGGCUGGGCCCUGACGGAGCGGCUAGCCAUCAACGUGUCGGGGAUGCGCUACGAGACACAGCUCCGCACUCUGGCCCAGUUCCCUGACUCCCUCCUGGGGGACCCUAACCGCAGAAUUCGCUACUUUGACCCUCUGCGCAAUGAGCUGUUCCUGGACCGGAACCGGAACUGCUUCGAUGCCAUCCUCUACUUCUACCAGUCUGGCGGGCGGCUGCGGCGGCCUGCCAACGUGCCCCUGGAUGUGUUCUUGGAUGAGCUGCGCUUCUAUGAGCUUGGUGAGGAGAUCAUGGAACGCUUCAAGGAGGAUGAGGGCUUCCCCAAGGAGGAGGUGCCAGCGCUGCCUGAGAACGAGAUGCAGAGGAAGGUUUGGAUGCUUUUUGAGCAUCCAGAAUCCUCCUCGGGCGCACGCAUCAUCGCCAUCAUCAGCGUCAUGGUCAUUGUGGUGUCCAUCGCCAUCUUCUGCUUGGAGACGCUGCCUGACUUCAGGAAUGAGAAGGAGCUCCGAGAGAAAUUCACCUACCAGCCCCAUCCUACCCUCCCCAACAUCACCAUCCUGGUCCCUCCCACUGGCAGUGCUUUCCAUGACCCCUUCUUCCAGGUGGAGACCAUAUGUAUCUUCUGGUUCUCCUUUGAGCUCAUUAUGCGCUUAGCCAGCUCCCCCAGUAAGCUCCACUUCUUCAAGGACGUGAUGAACACUAUCGACUUCCUCGCCAUCAUUCCCUUCUUCGUCACUCUGGGCACAGAGCUGGCCAGGGACAAAACCUCCAACAAGGACCCGGGCAUGUCUUUGGCCAUCAUCAGGGUCAUUAGGCUGGUCAGGGUGUUCAGGAUCUUCAAGCUGUCGCGUCACUCCAAGGGCCUGCAGAUCCUGGGCCAGACUCUGAAGGCCAGCCUGAGAGAGCUGGCCCUGCUCAUCUUCUUCCUCUUCAUCGGAGUCAUCCUCUUCUCCAGCGCUGUCUACUUCGCCGAGGCGGACAGCCCCGACACGGUGUUCACCAGCAUCCCUGAGGCCUUCUGGUGGGCCGUGGUCUCCAUGACGACAGUGGGAUACGGGGACAUGUACCCUACGACUCUGGGGGGCAAGCUGGUGGGCUCCAUGUGUGCCAUCGCUGGCGUGCUCACCAUCUCCCUGCCAGUCCCCGUCAUUGUGUCCAACUUCAGCUACUUCUAUCACCGAGAGACGGAGUGUCUCGAGAAAAUCAGUGAGUACACCCACAUCAGCACCUCUGUCUGGGAGGGUGAGGAUGAGGAGGGAGACGAGCGGGAGGGAGAUUACACUCCCCUGUAUGUGGGCGACUGCAAGGGAAUCUGUAACCCCCUCAAUAGGACACUGCUGUCAGGACUGUGUGCGGGGCAGGACGGGUGGGAGAACAAAGGCAACGUGUACCUCAGGGAACCCCUGGUCACUCAGGUGUGAGACAGGAUGGAUAGAUAGACAGAGGAUCUGCUGAAUACAACCCUGGUACUCUGCCUCUAAGUUAAAUAGAGAGAAAGAUAAAGGAGGAUGGCAAAGUAAAGGAGAAGAGAUACAAAAAAAUUACUGUUUUACUCAAGGACUUACUUGCACGCUUGCACCGUCAAUGGCUCACACCGUUUACUACAAACAGAACUGAUGAGACCAUGGCAGAGAUAUUGUGACAGCUUGCUUUUUGCUAAUGUCACUGAGAAUCGAGUAUGAUGCCAUCAUAUUGACAAUAAAAACAGCUGAAACAGAAUGUAUAUUUAUUUAUUAUAUAUUUACCAGAUUGUAAUAACAGUCUAUACAGUACAUACAACUCUAGCAAUUGUAAAUGUUGGUGUUUUUAAGACAUGAGUGAAUUGCAGUGCCAUUUUAUUUGUUAUUGUGUGCUAUCUAGCUAAAUGCACAGGGCCAUUUUUAAUGUGUGUAGAGGGUUGACUAAGGGCGUUUCUAACAUUUUUGUGAACCCAGUGCAGUUUGCAAUUUUUUUUGUGCAGUGUGAACACUCCCAAAGGAACUCAGACCCCCUCAGAAGAGCCCACUAAGCGAACCGAACUGAGAUCAUCUCGAGAGCUGGUCUGAGUUCGGUUCUCUUGAAUUCCGAGGUUCGGUUCCUUUUUUAGUGCAAUGUGAACACGAAGCUCCCCAGGUUCACUUGUCAUUAUUUCCGCGAGACACACUAGACUACUGCAGCAUUGUUUCCCUGCCUUAAACACUCACAUUGGUGCCACAAAAGAGAGAAGUGGAUGUGCAGGUUCAUGGGAAAAAAUGUGAUGUUUUUUUAUAUUGAUUAGCAAUUGUCAAAAAUCCACCGAAAUGUUUAGUUUUUAGUUCAGAUGAUUUGUUUCCCAUAUGUGAUCUAUAGGCUAAGAGAGGUUCAUAAACUGUUUAUCUGAUUGUGGGGUUUGAAUAGUGUGAGAAGACAACAACAUAUUUGGUGAGAAUCACAACAUACGGUCCAAAAUCAAUUCUAGCUCUUAAAAGGGUGGUAGCUUACAUUGGGUGUAUAAUUUUCAAUUACAGUAUUAUUUAAUCGGCAGUUAUUCUUCUGCUAUUUAUUCUGGUACCAAUAAUAUUUACAUGUUAAUAAUGUCUUCUGAUUAAAAUGAUUAUUUCUCCCUUUUUUUCACUAAAUGCAGU